AGUUUCGCUACGACUUGUGCGCGAUAAUAUUUGUUCACGAGCAACGUAAUUCUCGACUUCAAAUUCUUGAAGUCAAAUAUAUAUUAAACGAAAAAAAAGAUAGAUAUUUUAACUUAACGAUGAAGGAAUCAAGAAAUUGGACCGACGAAUCUCAUUACGCUCUAAAUGUUUACGAAAAAGUUCUCGGUAUAAUUGGAAUUUGGCCUUUAAAUGCGGGCGAGUUUACAUCUAUCGCACGAUGUUGCUUAGCCAUUUUAAUUCAGAUCAGUACUAUCGGCAGCCUGUCUCUGGAAGCGUAUCGGCAGUGCCUCGGCACCGAGGACAUGAUGGAGGCAUUUCUAAUGGACCUCUCGUCUGUCGUCAGCCUCUCCAAGCUUCUCGUCAUCCGUCUCACCUGGAGGCACUCUUACGUCCUAGUGACUUCCAUUAUCGACGACUGGUCGAUGUCCCGGGACGCGCGACAACGGGAAGUUAUGAUGAGGUACACCCACGUCGGCAGAGUCGUGUCCUUGACGAUAUUGUAUCUGGGCUACGCGUCGGGCGUCUCGUUCCUCUUCAUGGCCGUGCCGUUCGACAGCUUGUUACCUUGGCUGAACGCCACCAAGGCGAGCGAUAACGACACGGUGGCGACGACCUAUUUCCUGGCAACCUACUGCGUUUUCGGAUCAUUGCCAACGAUCACUUACACUUGCGUCCUGUUGCUGCAAGUGGUGCAGAUCUUCGUUAACGCCACCUCGCAUUGCGGGAACGAUGGCUUUUUUUUCGGUAUUGCGAUGCACCUAUGCGGGCAGUUCGAGGUGCUGCAAAUGGACUUCGCCGGCAUCGAGGCGGAAGAGCGAACCUGUAAAAAGAAGAUACGAAUGUUAAUCGGCAGACACUGUCAUUUGAUAAGACUGGCUGACAGUUUCGAGUACGCUUUCAACAUGGCUAUCUUCGCGCAGGUGUCGAUGAGUGUGUUACUGCUUUGUGUGGAAGGUAUGCAAUUGAUAAUAUCAUUGAAGUUAAACGACAAUAUCGCAGCAAUAAAACACAUUGUCUUGAUUAUGACGAUGCUGGUGCAACUGUACCUCUAUUGCUACGCUGGCGAUCAGCUGGAGUACAUAACCGGAAGGAUCGGUUACAGCGCUUACGACAGCCCGUGGUACAAUUUCGACGUGAAGGUAAUGAAGAAUCUGCCUAUGGUGAUGCUUCGAGGAAAGUUGCCGCACCAAACAACAGCCGGGAAAUUUCUGCCGAUGAAUUUAUUUUCGUACAAAGAGAUUUUGAAAGCCACAGGCUCCUACCUCUCCGUUCUCAGAGUGAUGAUAAAUGUGUAAAAUUGAUACUGUCGGCAUACGAUUAUAAAUUAUGACUGAUUCAAUGUAUAAUGUCUUCAUUUCUUCAUUUUCUUCAGUCUUGCAUACGUGAACAAUUCUAUACGUGUCUGCGUGCAAUAUUGAUUGACAUAUUUGGCCAAAACGUUAGAUAAGAAUAUAUCGAAAAGCUCGAAUUUUAUAUUCAUGUCACGUUGUAAUAAAUCGCGCAAAACGCACAAUCUUACAACUCGACAAUUAUCAACAACAAUUAUUAAAAAAAAAAUUAUUAACAAUAUAUUGUAUAAUUCAAGAAAAGUUUGUUAUUGACUUGUUUCCUAUUCCGGAUAUAAUAUUCUCUUUUUCCGGAAAAAUCCAAAGACCUAAAAAUAUACUUAUAAAUUAUUAGCAAUAGUACACUGCAAAAAAGGUUUUUGUUUCGAUAUAAUUUAAUAUAAUAUAUGUAAUGAUCAUGUUAUAUUAUAAGAAAAUGAUAAAGUAAUA